GGAGGAGGGGCCGAAAUUUCAAGCGGCAGAAGGGCGGUUGAUGGACUCGUUAUCAAUUCCUUGUCAAUUUACGCUUAAAAGGUCUUCAAUAAGGGAAAUUGGAACAAACCCUAAAUGGGUACUCCCCAAUUUCGUGAAAUUACAGAGGAGUUGGAAAAAUAGCAGAUAUUUACCCACGAAAGGAUGUUUGGCUGCUGGAAAUGGUGGAUUGGGUCAGCAAACAAAUGGGGUUGGUGACAAAGAUGGUGUGAUUAUUGUUGACCACGGUUCACGGCGGAAGGAGUCCAAUCUCAUGUUAAAUGAGUUUGUGACGAUGUUUAGAGAUAAAACCGGGUACCUGAUUGUAGAGCCUGCUCAUAUGGAGUUGGCAGAACCAUCAAUAACGAAUGCAUUCAGUUCAUGUGUUCAACAAGGGGCAAAUCGUGUCAUCGUAAGCCCAUUUUUUCUCUUCCCUGGCCGACACUGGCAUCAGGAUAUUCCUUCCUUAACAGCUGAAGCUGCAAAGGAGCACCCGGGAGUGUCAUAUGUUAUAACUGCACCUCUUGGGCUUCAUGGGCUAUUAGUGGAUGUGGUGAAUGACAGAAUCAAACAUUGCUUAAAACAUGUGGCCGGAGAUGAGGCUGAGUGUGCUGUUUGUGCUGGAACAGGCAAAUGUCGGGUGUAUCAAUUAGGUGAGGCAUAAUGUGAAGCAAUUUGUAAGGGUUCUUCGUAGCAAGGAUCGAGGAGAAGAAAACGAGUACAUGAGACUUGGACCCAAUGUGUGAUGCGCUACGUGCCUCGGGUUGAUCCACCAUCUGCUUACUAUGCUAAAUUAUAGCAGAGUUUCUACAAGGAAAAAACUAUAAUUUUAAUUUAUGUGGGUUGUAGUUGUGGGCCUUGGGGCUCCUUCAUCAAUAUUAAACUGCCUAUUUUUUCUUAUUGCUAA